AUGACCCUGGCAGAUGGGAUGAAAAGCCCUGAGGAGAAACUUCAUAUUUGUCUAGCCAUCAUGAUUACUCCACUCGUUUCGUCUCUAGCACUUCUAGCGACCCUGAACCCCGUACAAGCCCAAAGCACAUUUCCAGGGAAAGCCUUCGACCGUAUAGCCAUAAUAUGGCUUGAAAACACCGACUACGAUCUCGCAGCAGGAGACCCAAACCUAGCAUGGCUCGCAAAGAAAGGCAUCAGUCUCACGAAUUACUUUGCAGUAACCCAUCCUUCUAUGCCAAACUAUGCAGCUGCAAUUUCAGGCGACUACUACGGCAUCAACCACGAUGACAUGGUCGCUAUUCCCUCCAACGUAUCCACCUUAGUAGACCUACUGGAAGACAAAGGUGUUAGCUGGGGCGAGUACCAAGAAGACAUGCCAUCCGUAGGCUUCCAAGGGAAAUCGUACACGAACCCCAAAACUGGAGCGAACAUGUAUGUGCGCAAGCACAACCCAGCUGUGCUGUACGACUCAGUUGCGCAAAAGACGGAAAGGUUGGCAAAGACAAAACCCUUGACCAUGUUCAAAGAAGAUAUGGACAAGAACCAGUUGCCGCAGUGGAUGUUUAUAACACCUAACAUGGUCAGUCCUAAGUGUACGAAGUGCAUAUGA